ACCAGGAACUGGUUUAACUCCAUAGAAUGAUUGGUUGAGUCUCCGUACUAUGGACACGUUUCAAAACUCGGAUGACUUAAUUUCUUGGCAAGUCCACAGAACCAGAAAGACCCAAUUCCAUACCUAACCAAACUGUAUAUAUAUAUAUCAACCCAAACGCAUAUUGAAUUCAUCACUCGCUAGUAGCUACUGCUUCUACUCACUCAUUCAUCUUCAAAGCUAAGCUAUUCAGUUUCUCUUCACCAAUUGCCCUCCAAAUUGAAAACCAUCCAGAAAUGGGGAAGGUAUGUAUAAUUAUAAUCUCUUCUUGCUGUAAGUUCCAAGCAGUAAAACUACAAAUUAAAACUAUGUUUGCACUCUUUGGUUUCUGAAAUCUUGAAUUUCCCUUCGAAUUGAUGAAUGCUUUUGUGAUGCCCCAACCUUAGCCUGAUCUUAUAAUUGGGUUUAUAUAAUUGGCAGCAAAAGGUAGUAUUUAGCAUCACCAUGAGGGAUGAAAAGGCUAAAGUAAAAGCCCACAAGAUUGUGGUUGCCCACUUUGGAGUUGUUUCAACGACCGUGGACCGAGAGAAGGGGCGGAUAGAGGUGGUCGGCGAGUUUGAUGCCGUGGGGCUGGCCGUCGAGCUGAGAAGGAAAAUUGGUCAAGCUAAUAUAGAGACCAUGGCUCCCGUGGUUGAAGAAAAGAAGAAAGAAUAUAGAAGAAAUGAUGCCCCAACACCCCAAUACGGGACAAUCACUUUUGAUCCAUACGUUUCCUAUCAAGCGCCUUCUUACUACUAUAGUUAUUAGGCUAAUUGUUACAAUAAUUAAUGAUUAUGAAAAUGUGUGGGAGGCGUGGUAUGUAAUUCAAUUCAUUCACUUUGUAAAGGAACUAAUAAACCUAUUUAUAUACAUGUUCUUCUCAUCUACGAUUCUUUUCUUGUCAUCUUUAUCAAUUUUUUAUCGAGGCUAGCCCUGUACAAUGUAAUUGUCAAGUAGUCGGAGACUGGAUUUGCUACAAGUCAAGAAUUAAAGACAAUUUGAACACCGAAAUAAUUUAUAAUACGGAUUUGCAUGGAAUUGAAAUAUGCC